UCACCACAGAUCUUUGUCAUCCUAAGAAACAGCAGUUUGUUAGCAAACCAGCAUUUCACAGCUCAAGCUCGUCACAGCUUCCUGUGUGGUGUGCAGCUUGUCAGUUUGAUCAGGAGGAGUGCACACUGAUAGACUCUUCUGGCAGCUAAAUCAAAAAAAAACAAAAACCAAGCAGAUCCAGUAAUCCAAAAUGUCAAACCCAGUGGUCACCCAUCAACCAGGUGCAGGCGGCUAUGGGACAAAUGUUCAAACAGGAGAGUGGAGCACCGGCCUGUGCUCCUGCUGCAGUGACUUGUUAGUCUGUGCUCUUGGUUGCAUCUGUCCAAUUGCAUUGAACUGCUACACAGCAAAUAAGUAUGGGGAAAACUGCUGCUUGGGUUGUUUGCCAGGAGGCUUAACAGCCAUGAGGACUCAUAUGAGACUGACCUAUGGUAUUCAGGGAACAAUACUCAAUGAUGCCUUGAUGACCUUUUUUUGCGGAAUAUGUGAGACGUGCAGGAUGGCGCGUGAAAUCCGCAUCAGGAAUGGAGACAUUUCACCGUAACAAGAAAUAAAGGAUUCUGGUCCAUGCAGUAUUUUCUCUUUGUUGAUGUCCAGCUAUUGUGGAAGUCAUUUGUUUAUUCCUGUAGCAGGCCUAGCUUUUAUGCAAACAACAAAGAAGGAACAGUUAAUGAAUUAUGCAAUUCAAUGUAUUGAAUGUAAUUUUACCUGUAGCCUUACAUGUACCUGUGUAACAGUGUGACAAAGUGCUGGUACUGAUCUGCAUUACUGUAAAUAAAUUGCAUUGUUCAGUCA